UUAUCAUCAAUACCAUUACACCAACUUUCAAACCUGCAUUAAGAAAGAGUUAACCCCUUUUUAAUCACGAAAUUAGAUCAAAAUUUCAUGAUUAAUUAACCCUAAUCUAAAACAAUGAUGAACCCUAGUCGCAAAAUCACCACCGUUCUUACGUUCUUCACUCUUCUCCUGUUCUCCUACCAAUCACAUGCAUCACCUUCUCCACCGGUUACCGCCCUUUUCGUCUUCGGCGACUCCACGGUGGAUCCCGGCAACAAUAAUUACAUUCCUACCAUUUUCCGGGGAAACCAUUCUCCGUACGGAAUAGAUUUUCCGGGGAAACUUUCCACCGGAAGAUUCUCCAAUGGAAAACUCACCACCGAUUUCCUGGCAUCGUUUCUUGGUCUCAAGCCCACAUUGCCUGCUUACCUCGACCCCACGGUCCAACCCGGUGACUUAUUGACCGGAGUCAGCUUUGCCUCGGCGGGGACCGGUUUAGACGACCGGACGGCGAGGUUGUCGUCGGCUUUGACAAUGGACAAAGAGUUGACUUACUUCGAUGAGGCUGUCGGAAAGAUGAAGAAGGCGGUGGGAGAUGGGGAGACUAAUCGGGUGAUUAGUAACGCUUUGUUCGUGAUUAGUGUGGGCACUAAUGACAUGACCAUUAAUCUCUACGAUCAACCUUUCGGAGGAUUUAAGUCGGUUUCCAAUUAUCAAGAUUCCUUGUUGAACAAACUCGAAGGUGUUAUCAAGAGACUAUACCAAAAAGGCGCGAAGAGGUUUAUCGUGUCGGGGCUACCGCCGAUCGGAUGUGUUCCGAUACAAAUAACAAUAGAGAGCCUCAAACAAUAUCCUCGCAUGUUCAAAAGGGCGUGCUCGGAUGAGCAAAACAACGACUCCCGGUUUUACAAUUCCAAGCUCCAGAGGCUAGCCCUCCGCUUGAACCAGAGUCUUUCGGGUUCCAAGAUUCUGUACCUCGACAUCUAUUCCCCGAUAUUGGACAUGAUCACUUAUCCAGAAAAAUACGGAUUGGAAGAAACGAAGAGAGGGUGUUGCGGGACGGGAAAAGUAGAAGCAGGACCGUUGUGUGACACGUGGAGUCCGACAUGUGAGGAUCCUUCGAAGUUUCUCUUCUUCGAUUCCAUCCAUCCUUCCCAGACGGCUUACUCUUCCAUCGCCAAAAACGUCUCCGUCUCCUUAUUCCCUCUCCUUUAGAUAUAUGUAUAUAUACACACAUAU